CAGUCUUUUUUUUCCUCUUGCUUUCAGCACAAGCAUUUAUUUUCAUUGUUAUAUAGUUUGUCGUGUUUGUCCUCGCUUUUUUUUUUGCUGAUACUAUCGGUGUUCGGGGGGGUCAUCGAGGGGAGUUCUCGAGUGGAAUGGACGCUGCUGCGAUGACUGCUCCACCUGCGGCAACAACGACCGCGCUGCUGCAGCCCGUGUGCACCGUCCCACUGCUGAGCGCAAGCAGCAUCCUCGAUGGCUACGACCCAUUCCACGUGUCGCAGGAGCUCACUGCGUUUGGCAUUGACGACCCGACGCUCGCCUUCCUGCUCAACCCAUUCGCGUGCGACCACCACGACCACGACCAAGACCAAGACCACGACCACGACCACGACCAAGACCACGACCACGACCAUGAACACAGCGACCACCACCACGACGGCCAUCAACAAGCUGGCAAUGCAGGAGACACACGGACUGGCGCUGCUGCUGCUGCCACUUCUUCUACUGAUUUGGCGCCAAUCCGCUCAGACGGUUUCCCGCCAUCGGUGGUUUUGCAGCAGCCGCCAUCGUCGCAUCAUCUGCAAGCCCUGCCAAAUACAUCACCAUCCACAUCAUUAACUCAAGCACAAGCUAUGGUCGCGCCAAUGUGGACCAUGAAAUCGGAAGCUGCUGCUGCCAAGCAUCUGCAACCAGCGCCGGCAGCAGCGUUGAGCGAGCCCUUGCGAAAGCACCACCACCACCACGGGCACUGCCAUCAUCACAUGUACCAUGGUCCCAAUGCAAGCGCCGCCAUGGCCGAAGCAACGGCUGCUGCCCUUGCCGCGACUUCCCUGACAAGCUCGCAGGCCACGACGCCUUCUGACGCCAGUCCGCUCGACUUUGGCGAUGAAUCGGACGGCUCGGACGACCUCGACGCCGAAGACAUGAUGCAGUAUCACAACGAAAUCACUGCUUGCCUCUGCGACUUGCACAAUGCUGUUGCCACGUCGUCAGACGAAUCCACUUUGCUGUUUGCACACCCAGACGGAUCGGGUCCAUUGAGUGUGCCGCAGUCCACCAACAUUCCAGUGGCCAUGGGAGGCUUCUCUGGCGUACCUCCGUCGACACCGCAAGCUGUCAAGCCAUCUGGCGCCCGUGUGCUGUGCCCGCUGCAUCCUGCACCAGGCCGUGCGCAGUCCGGCCCUGUCGCAAACGCGGCGCACCAGCAGCAGCGAGCGCCAGUCGCACCCGCCGCUCCAACGCCAACACCAGCGGCCAUCGCGCCCUCUGCCUCAUCAUCGGCACCGCCCGUGAUUCUAGCUGCACCCCACACGACGAGCUUGCUCGCCAGCAAAAGCAACUACCUGCAAAUAUCCGAGGGGCAUGCGUUCAAUCUGGGCGUCGACUUUAACCCGGACAUGGUCAAGGCCGUGGAAGAUCGCAAAGUGAUGCACAAAACCUCAGAGCGCCGUCGCCGCCAUGACAUGCAGGACGGCUACAGCCAGUUGAAACAGCUCGUGCCGUUGCCUCGUGCCAAAAAGGAUCGACGAUCCAGCAAAGCCACCGUCCUUCUCGAUACGGUCGAGUAUGUUAAAAAGCUGCAAUACGAGUGCGCUCAGUGGCAACUCAAGUACGAGCACUUGCACGAAGAAAACCAAGAGCUCAAGAAAGCCCUGUCCGCCAUGACCGGAGGCAUUCUCAAGCACGUCCAAACAAACUCGUGCGGUACAACCGCCGCGCAUGCCACCCAUGAUCACUACCAUGCACAGCAGCAGUCCGAGCACCACGGGCAUCAGCACGGGGGGGACGCCUAUGGCCACGCGCCAUAAACCGUCAACCAUUGUUUCUAUUUGCUUUGUUUGUUUGACGUGUUUGUGUGUUUUGGGUUUCUUUGAGCCUCUGUUUCAGUUUUCAGUACCGCACAGUAUCUUGUCCUAUUUCAUAGUCCA